AUGCAAAUUUACGCAAGCACAUCAACAAAUUUCAGUGGCGAAGGGGAUUUGUUAGAUUUUGUCGAUAAAUUACUUGGUAGUAAUAGCAAUAUAAUCGAAGAAGUCGCAGAAGAAAAUGAUAUUGCAAUCGAAGAGGUAAGAAUGUAAAUUAUUUUAUUGUUUUAGUAUUUCUACUACGCAUUUAUUAAUAGUACUUUAAUAGUGAAAUGCAAUCCCAAAUCUAUCAAUUUUUAUAUAAAAAGAUAAAAUAUUGCUAGAUAAUAAUGAUUUUAUCUAACUGGUUAAACAAUGAUAGCGAUAGUUUAAUACAGUGUGCAGCUUCUGAUACGUACUGUAUUAAAAAUAUAGUAUUUGAAUAAUUGUAUAUGAUAAUUGUUUUAAUAUUGUUUUAGUUCACAAAUGAAGCAAAGUAUUCUUGUGCUAUUUGUCACAAGAAAUACAAAACAAAAACUUGGCUCGUGAAGCACACAGAAUCUAAACACCAACAAAAUGGCGCAGAGACACAACUCAGAACGAAGCUGGAAGUAGAGAUUAUCUUCAAGCUGUUAAUGGAAGCCCAAAAAAAUAUUUCAAAAGAUGAAUGCUAUUCAACUCUAAUUCGUAGUACUGUUGAGAAUUACAUUUUUGUUGAUAAAACUGAACUACUUACCAAUGAAAUUCAGAAACAACUGUACAGUUCACUGUGUUCAAAUUCAGAUGCAGAAAAAUUUUAUUCACAGUUUUAUCAGUUAAUUGUCAUGGAUGCGAAAAAGUAUUUUAAUUCCUUGGAUUUUCCUAUGUGCACGCUCCUUGCAACACGGCUUGGAGACAAGAUACUAGCCCAUUACAGCAGUCAGCAGAAUAUAAAAUUGUUAUUAAACCUGUAACUGAAAGAGACAUGCAAGCACUUCAGUAUUUAUCUGGAUAUGUCAUUCAUUCUUUGGUAAGAAAGAUCCACAAAUUCACAAAUUGGAGAUCAACUAAUGCACAAGAUUUAUUGACUUUGCUAUAUGCUGCAAAGAGUGAUGAUGUUUCAUCUCAGAAACUGAUAAGUUGUCAGACAAGGGGUGGUCUCUGGGCUGUUACAGCUGAGUGUCUCCAGGUAUUCAAAAUUGUGGAAGAAGAAUUCCGCAAAAAAACCAGUGCAGUUCAUGUAACAAAAAUUGAUAGCAGCAAAAUUUCCGAGGCCCUUCUUCAACGAAUUGACAUGGUUAGUGCCUAUGAUAGUAUGACACAUGGAUUUACAACUACCAUCUCCAAAGAAACUAGAUUUUGUCUGCUUGACAAAACUAUUAAACUUUUCUUGCGAGUUAGGGCAUUUUCAUAUGUAAAGGAUAAAACCAAACUGCAAGCAUGCAAAAAUAAAGCCCUGCGCAAAGACAUUAAGAAAAGGUCUGAGAACAAUGCAGAAACCCACUAA